AUAUACAUAUGGUGAGAUAAUAUUGCUCAACCCAUCAAUUAUAUUCAUAUCGAUCCAUCUGGGCGCUAAUCAACAUAUAUGGGUUUGGUGAUGAGCCUGAUGGGAAAAGGGUUUCAAACAACUCAGUUGACGAGUUUGGCGUUGGGAACACUGUACACACGCUUUUACGACAAAGAUGUCAAGACCUUUCAGGAUUUCCACCUUGCAAUUCUUGAUAUUUUCAACAACGUGAAUGGUGCAUUGCCCGGAAAACACUAUAAUGUGCCAACGGUGAAGGAGAUCCAAGCAUGUUUUGAAGAGUGGAAAAGUAGAGAUGAUGAAAUAGCCAAGAAGACAGUGUUCAUAGAUUUCAUGAAGACAAGGGUGGACCUUAGCAAGAUGGAUGACACAACGCUCAUCACCGGAUUGGUGACGCCCCCGGUGGCCAUGGCAGCCAAGAGGGCGGGAGAAAGCGUCCCCCAGCUCAAACUCAUUAAAGCCAUCCCCGAUGUUUUGUUCGUACCGUCCGCCACCGUUCUCGCUCUCGUCUCCGUAAAGCUCUCCCGAAAGAUGUUCCUCGGAAACGACGCCUCAUCAUAAAUACUACAUUCGUCCCCAAAAUAAUGUAUCACUUUCCUUAAUUAGAUAUCUCAAAAUGAGCUUCACAUUUAUAUAAAAAUUAACUUUUAAAUACAAAAUAUCGAAAUUCCGCUUACUGUGUGACAAAAAGUAAGGAUGUCAAUGGAAAGUCAAUAAUCCAUCACUUUAAUUUUUCACUUAAUGUACUUAAGCGAAAGUGAGAAAUUGUUUUGAUGGAUGGAUAAAUAUAUAACACAACAUUCUUGUUAAAAUGCAUGCAUGUAUGCCACUCAUUAUUCCUUAAUUCCUCAAGUAUUUCG